AUUGUCUCUUUUUCACAUAGCAUCCAGAUAUUAAAUGUCGAAUCUCGCCAUUAUUCUGAAGCCUGGCAAAAUUUGUUAAAAAUAUAAUUGCAUGAUGAAAUGCCUAUUUCAAAUAUCUGUAAGAUCCAAGUAGAGAUAGAAUUAAGGAAACUGAAAGUACUUUGACAGACGGUGAAUCUAUUUAUAAAUAAAGUUUAUCAUCUCGCUCAUGUUGUACAUGUUAUAAGGAUUCAUAAACGUAAUUGAAUUAUAUACCGUUGGGAAUCCAAUAUGGCAGUUAUGUAUGUAUGGACAAAAGACAAGGACAGCUAUGGACAUGCGUCGUUGUCCUUUAAUGACAAUAGCAGUGGCAAAUCAUUACCAUUCAGCUUUGAAUCCGGUUCCUUACCUGGAAAAAGAAGAAGAAGAACAACAAAAUCUAGCAGAGGAGGUUCCCAGGGUUGGAAAUCUCCUUUUUCUGGGACGAAUAAUAUUUUUGAAUGGGAACAAAUGUUUAGCAAAGUAUCCUGGCUUUGGAAUCCCCCCGUUUUGAAAUUGCCAGAUCCGCCCAUGAAGAGUUUCUAUAUAAGUUGGUGGCCGACUGAAGAUAAAUCUAAAAAUAGUAUGAAAAAGAAAAAGUCGGAGGGAAGAACCAAAAAGUGUUUACCAGUUGAUUAUGAGGAUGACAGAAAUGAUUUCACAGGUAGAGAAUUUACUCAUCAGUUCUAUAUAAGGAUUGGUGCUAAAGGUUUUAGAAAAAAUACAGAAAUGGUGGAAUAACAUCAAAGAUAAGGGAGGAUACCAUUUUGCGUUGAACAAUUGUUGUCAUGCAGUUGUACAGGCUCUUCGGGAGGGAGGAAUUGAAAUAGACCCGUCCUUAUUUAUAAUUAGAACACCUGGGGAUAUGGUUGGACUCGGGAAAGAACUAGAAAAGAAAA